AUGCCAUCCAACCACUGCUUUGUCCUUCGAGGCGACCGCACUGCAAACGGCUUCAUUGCCAGUCGUCGAGAUCGGCCCUUCAUCGCUUCCAGCAACAGGUCACCGCCCUUUCCCCUAGCAAUCUACUACCCGGACCAAGAGUACAACAAUGCUCUCCACAUCAUCCAGUCCGUCGCUUUGUCCCUCCACGAGCCCAGGCCGAACGGUGAAACUGCAAUCGCAUUCAUAGAGGCCCUGCGGGAACGGCGUGAGCUGGAGGGCACCAGUCUGUACACAAAGACGGGCUUCUAUCCAGUGGUGUAUGGAAAACACGUUGGCGUUUACUUCUCAUGGGAUGAUGUUGAGGACGAGGUCAACGGCCGCGGCCGUCCCCGGCGGUUCCAGCAUGUCCGCACCAUCCGUGAUGCUUUGGUCUACAUGAUCACAAAGGGCGCAUCUGCGUCAGUUUACGACCUCUUAAGACACACCAACGUCCCUCUCCCUCCUUGCGACAUCCCGCCCGACAUCUCCCCUGCCCGUCGCAACGUCUCUGUUGCUUCUUCAAGCGGGCGAACUACGCGUCAUGCCCCAUCCCGUGCAGAAAGCUCUCAUUCCCAUCAUUUGCAGCAAUCUCUUCCGUCCGCGACGUCUCGCCAUUCGACAUCUCAUCGUUCUGUUGCGCCUCUUCUCCCGCCUGUGCCUCUCCUGCCUUUGCCUCUCCCGCCUGUGCCUCUCCCGCCUGUGCCUCUCCCGCCUGUCGCAUCGGGCUCUGCUUUGCGCAAGUCCAAGACUAAGCGCCCGGCACCAGUUACUCCGGUCAAGAUGUCUGCAUCAACAAGCCGUCAGACUCCCAGCAACGAUCCUCGCGAGGAUCCCGCGGUCCAGCACGUACAAGAGUGGCUUUGCUCAACGACUCUGAGCAGCCCUUUCUCCACGCUCUCAUCUAUCAACACCGGUUCGGAGGAUGCACCUUACUGCUAUCGACGAACACUCGCUGGCAUCAUCGACAGUGUCUAUGACGCAGCCGAACUCGAAGAGCAGGCGAACAUGGACCCCCCUACUGAGGAUCUUCUCGGGUCUGCCGCUUAUUGUUACUUUGCGACUCACGGUUUUCUUCCAGGGGCUGUCUGGACAGCUUACAACACGUUCAAGGUGUCCUGGAGCAAGGCCCACUUCAUCGCUGAGCUCAACAGCAAAGGCGCGGCCGAGCUUGAAGCCGCAUACAUGUUCGACCUUCUCUCCGGUCGCUGGCAAGAGAUAGACCGCCUGGCUGAAGCCGGCCUCGAUGUCGAGGAGGAGGAGGAGGAGCAUUGA